GUACUGCUGGGGCCCGACCCAUGUUUUACACAUCAAGAAGGGAGACACCGCACAUACUGUAAGCAACAUGCAGAAAGCCAUGAGGGCCCUGGGCGCACUGGGUCUCCCCCUGAAUGCCCUACCACCAGCAAGGCCACCGGCGGGAUCCACACGCCCCCUCGGGCGUUAAGCAUACCAGUGCACCGGAGUUUGUGCCGAGAGAGGGGGAGCAUUGGAUUGGAAUAUCAGCUAGAGAGCCGGAGGAC